AUGGGAGACCUCCGGGGUUCCUUGCCGCCGUAUCGUGGCUACUCGGGCCGACAAAGCGAAGGAAACCUUCGUCUACAUGAGCUGUUCCCCGUGGUUCAACCUGCAGACUCGUCAGGGAAGAAAGUCGGCACUAUGCCACCACUCAAUAUGGCCCCAAGCAUCACACAUUCCUUGCCGAAGAAUGUGUCGGAGUGGACAGCGGCAGCUGAAAAAGAAGGAGUCCUGGACAAGACCCUCAGCGCCUUUGACGCGCUGCCUUCGCCCUCCAAAAUGACCAUCAAGGAAUACCUGGCGAUGCGAGUGCUGCGUCCUAGCCGUAAGAAGGCGGACAAGAUACCAGUUAACAAAGCCCUCGAAGAUCGCACCCAGGACAUGCUGAGUGGUUUCCACGCCUUCGACCACUACAUCGCGCAUAUCGCCGAGGCCAAGAAGAGUCUGGGCAAAGGAGACGGGAAUAUCGGGGCGUUCCAGCUGGCAAGAGACUCACAGCUUCAAGCCUUGGGACACAAGGCUAACGCUAGUGAUCUGGCUCGAACAGCUCCUCCGAUUUUCCGACCGCGAUCCAGUCAGGAUCCAUCAUCGCAGCCCGACUCGCGGAGUCAGCCAGCAGUGGGAUCGAGUACUCAUCUAGCUGUUUCUGGAGCUAGAGAGGCACCGAGUCCCGCCGCAGCGGCCCUUUCACCGUCCUCGUUUGCUCUCAGCGCCAGUGGUCUGUCGGGGACCGCCACGACCUAUGCGUCAUGGAUCGUCCCAUCGAGGUCCAAGGAUGAACAGAUUGUGAACGAGGCGCUCACGGAACUACUAAGGGCUCUUACCCUCAACAUUCCUGAUAUAGCCUGCCGAUGGACCUCCGCUCGAAGACCGUUCGCAACUCUACAGUUUGGACAAGUCGAAUUGACGGCUUGCACGGAUGGCUAUCUUGAAGGGAUUGGUGUUGAUGAAACGUUCGCCAUUGUUGAGGCAAAAGCGGCGGGUCGAGACCGAAGGCGUCAGUCUUUAGUCCUCUGGCAAGAAGCUGCCGAAAUGGUCGCAUGGAUCAUGACGGAUACGAAUUCCCGCCAAUGUCCACUUGACAAGUAA